GGAAACUCAAUGAGGGUAUACACGAAUUAUGGCCAUUCAUUCAUUCAUUCAUUCAGGAUUCAUCGUUGAAUUUUGCCUGGGAAUUUUUUUUUGUUGUUGUUCGGUUAAAUGUCUUGUUGUAGUAAACAGAAUCAUGGACCCGGUUAUUCUAGUCCAUUGGAUGCAUUCAAAAAUGGACCCAAUGAACAAUGGCUUUAUGUAACAUGUGUAAAAUCGAAUAAAUCAUGUCCAGAUUAUUUAGCAACGGUUGAUGUUGAUCCACAAUCCAAAACAUAUAGCCAAAUUAUUGAUCGUACAUUUAUGUCGAAUAUUGGUGAUGAAUUACAUCAUUCGGGAUGGAAUGCUUGUAGCAGUUGUUAUAAUGAUCAUAGUAAAAAUCGUAAUAAAUUAAUAUUACCAUGUUUACGUUCGAAUCGAAUCUAUGUUUUAAAUGUUGAUGGUCCACGUACCGAGUUAUACAAAACAAUUGAACCAGAAGAACUAUUUCGUUUGAAUUUAAGUGGUCCACAUACAUCACAUUGUCUACCAAGUGGUGAUGUUAUGAUCAGUUGUAUGGGUGAUCGAAAUGGUCAAAAUCAAGGUUCAUUUCUUUUGUUGAAUUCAAAUUUCGAACCAUAUGCAUGUUGGAAUCAACAAACAACCGUUCAAUAUGGUUAUGAUUUUUGGUAUCAACCAAGAUUGAAUAUUUUAAUCAGUACUGAAUGGACAGCACCGAAUAUUUUUCGACCUGGAUUUUUUGCCGGAAAUCUUUCCGAACCAAAUUGGAUUGAUAAUCAUUAUGGUCAUUCAAUACAUCUUUGGGAAUUUAAUUCGGGAAAAUUAUUGAAAAGUAUUGAUCUGCGAUCAAAUGGUCGUGAUGCUUGUAUGCCACUUGAAAUUCGUUUUCUACAUUCACCCGAAUCACCGAUCGGAUUUGUUGGCUGUGCAUAUAGUUCGAAUGUAUUUCGUUUUCGUUACGAUGAAUCAAAUGAAGAAAAUCCAUUAAAAAUUGAUGAAGUAAUUUGUUUGAAACCGAAAAAAGUUUCAGGAUUUUCCGGUGGUGAUUAUUUACCCGCAUUAAUAACCGAUAUAAUUAUAUCGAUGGAUGAUCAAUUUCUUUUCAUAUCAGCAUGGGCAUUUGGUGAAAUACGUCAAUAUACCGGUUUACAAGAUGAUCAUUUACGAAUGGUUAAUCGAAUUCGUUUGGGUGGUAUGCUUAUCUCAUCACCGAAAAUCAAAAUAAUCAAUGAUGAUGAACCAUUUGAUGAUGAACAAUCUUCGAAAAAUAUUCAUUCGGAAGUUUGUGGUCGAAAAAUUCGUGGCGGUGCACAAAUGCUACAGCUUAGUUUGGAUGGCCGUCGUUUAUAUUGUACAAAUUCACUUUUCUCAUCAUGGGAUUUGGAAUUUUACCCUGAUAUGUUUCAUAAUGGAUCACAAUUGAUUAAAAUCAAUGUUAAUGAUGAAAAGUUGGCCAAUGGAAAUACACUGGAAUUAGACGACAAAUUUAUUGUUGAUUUUGGUGACGAACCAAAUGGUCCAGCAUUAGCACAUGAAAUGCGUUAUCCACAUGGUGAUUGUACAUCGGAUAUUUGGAUUUGAAAGAAAACAAAGCCAAAAAGAAGUUCUUUUGUUUUAAAAAAUCUUUAUUAUUGAAAAAUGCUAAAAAAAAUUGUAUUUUUUGAUCAAAAAUUUUACAUUAG